AUGCUGCCAACACCAGAUACAUCCCACGUGCCCUACGAGCGCGUCUACGAACCGGCAGAAGACUCCUUCCUCCUCCUCGACACCCUCUCUUCGCCCUCAGAAACGCAGUUCCUCCACGAAACCUUCUCACCUACCUCUUCUUCUUCUUCUUCUCCGUCCAAGGCCGGCAUCCCGUUUGUCGUCGAGGUAGGAACGGGAUCGGGCGUGGUCCUGGCCUUCAUCACGGCACAUGCCAAAGCAAUCUUUGGCACGAACCAGGUCCUCACCGCGGGAGUCGACAUGAACGCCUUUGCGUGCCGCGCAACUGUCACCACCGUGGCCAAAGCACAAGCCGAUGCUCUCGCCGAGGCCGCCGGCACAAACAGCGGCAACAGCAGUCAUGAUGGGAACCAGGUCCCCCAUGGAAUGUACCUAGGCUCCGUAAUGGGCGACCUCACAGCCCCCCUGAAGCCCAACUCCGUCGACGUCCUCGUCUUCAACCCCCCCUACGUGCCGACAUCGGAAAUGCCCAACCGGCCAGAAAGCUUCAAAGAGGACUUUCCCUUUUCCUCCUCCUCAUCGUCCAACAAGACGUCCUUUGACGACGACUCGUACCUGCUGGCGCUGUCGUAUGCUGGCGGCGCGGACGGCAUGGAGACGACGAAUAGGCUGAUCGCGGGGCUGCACGAGAUUCUUUCGCCGAGGGGCUGUGCGUACGUGCUCCUGUGUGCGCAGAACAAGCCCGAGCUUGUCAAGGAGAGGAUAAGGGGGAUGGAAGGGGGCGUGUGGAGGGCGGAGACGGUUGGGUCGAGUGGGAAGACCGCGGGGUGGGAGAAGUUGCAGAUUGUGAGGAUAUGGCGAGGUUCGGCGUGA